AGACACUUAGCUCAAGCCAGUGCAGAGGGAAGUCUGCUUGAGAGAAACCAAGGGAAAUCAUCUGACACGCUCCGGAGAUAUUUCUGGAAAAAUGGACAAUUUCCUACCAGUUCUGCAGUUUGCCAUCCAGCUUCCUUUGACAGCAGCUUUAUUCAGGGUGAGUGUUAUUCAGCCUCAUUACUCUGCAGAAUAUGGAAGCAACGUGACCAUAGGAUGUCGCUUUCCAACUGAUAAUUCCUUGAAUAUGGCACAAUUGAAUAUCUUCUGGCAGCAAAAACUGUCAGACGAAGUCAAGGAAGUUUACAAGCUCAUAAAUGGACAUGAAGACCUGUCAGGGCAACACCAACAUUUUCAAGGAAGAGUCACAUUAUUAUAUGAGGAAUUGAAAAGGGGCUAUUCUAUGCUACAUAUCACCCAUCUAAGGAUUACAGAUGCUGGAUGUUACCAUUGCGUUGUCAACUAUCGUGAAGCUGAUCACAAGUACAUUGACUUGGAAAUUGAAGCGCCUUACAAGAGGAUAAACAUCCAGGAAAGAAAAGAAGAAGAAGACCACAUUUUAACUUGCCAGGCAGAAGGGUACCCUCUGGCUGAUGUUCUUUGGUUUUAUGAAAACAGAAUCAAUGACACGAUAUUUGCAAACACCACACAUAAGCUGACAGACACAGGACUUUUCAACAUAACCAGUGUCUUGAGAAUCAAACCAACUGCUCCUGGAAAUUACAGCUGCAUAUUCCAAAAUAAGGAAUGGAGGCAAACCUCAGCUCACAGAACAGUAUUUCUAAUAGAUCAAAGAAAUGAAAGAAAUGCAUCGGGCACUGGGAAAAAUUCCAUGAUCUUGUUUAUCCCAACAAUUUUGUAUAGUGCUAUGAUUUUAUUUACUACCACUAAAGUCUAAGGGUGGGAAAUUAAUAAAUUUGCACACCCAGAAAGAAGAAGAUCUGUAGCAUCAAAUCAAGGAUAAAGUUUGGUGACUGAUGCAGAUGGAGAAUCCUGAGCAAAUACAAGAAGCAGUUCUUUUUUGUUGUUUGAUCCUCCAUUGAGUCUCCUCUUAGAAACUUCCUUAAGGAAGUUGGACUGUAGAGGUAAUUAAUGCUGAUCUCUCUGGUUUUCUUAUGUUCAUUGUUCAUUCCAAAUACUUGUGGAAAAUGUGCAGGUUAGAGAUUUGGGAAUUACUUAUUUUCAAGACUCCCUGCAGCUUCCAGAUAUAGCCUCAUACAGAACAGGUGAUAUAUAAGAAAACAUUCUUCUUCUUGUUGCAACACAAACUCCAGCCCUUAUGGACUUGUGUGUGAUGUCAUGAUUUAAUUAAGAAGAUAGGGUGUAUCCUCUAAUACUGCAAUGAACAUUUCCUUAUGUUGGCACCUUUAUGGCUAGCUGCAGGUGCCUCUGGUCUGACUUCACAUUUUUGCUAUAGAAAUGUUCUUUCUGAAAGCUAGCUCCACCAUUAAUUAUUGCACAGCAGCAUCUCAAUCAACAGAUGAUGAGGUCUUAGGAAACAGUUGUGUGCACUAGAUCUCCUUCCUUGUAAGACAGCCUGAUAUUCUCAAGCAUUAGGGAGAAUGUUGUCCUGUUACUAUUAAAUUAAAAUGUAUUUAAAUUUUAGCUAUUAUUGUUCAGUAGAUGGCUUCUGGAUGGGUAUGAAGAGUGGUAGUUCCAUUUUGUCCUGUCUGAUGCUCUUAUGAAACAUUGUAACUAACAUUUUUAAUAUAUUUACAAAGUAUUGUAAUAUAGCACGUGCAAAGUAUGAGUUAGAAAUCGGAUAUCUGCUGUUUCAAACCUUUCUGCAACUAUAGUCUUAGACAAGUUUUUUGUAUAAUAAUGACAUUCUGGAUCUUUUCAAUUACAAUCAAAAAUCUUUGUUGUAGAGAUGUUAAAAUGCUAUAAAUUUUUUGAAUACUUAAUAAUGCAUAGUUCAGAUUAACUGGGAUAUUAGGUAGUUGAAAAGUGCUGUGAAUCUCUGAGGAAGAUUAAAAGUAGCAAAACUGAAUAUUGCCUCAAGACUGAUGAUACAUUAACUAGGAUUGAUUUUUGCUGACAGUUUAGAUAAAUUGAUUAUUGAUUUAGUUCCAAUUGAAUGGUAAAUAGGGUUUCCGUUUCAAAAGUAUGUAAAUAGAAGCUCUAACUUUCCUGACUGCAAAUUAUAUAAUUCAGCACAUUUAUUAGUUUCUAUAAUACAUUCAGAUGAAAAUGAUACUGAAUAGGUCUGGCUCAUGGACCAUUUGGAAAGUCAAGCUUUGGAACUGUUGAAAUCCUGUAUAUAUGUGGUUCCAACUAUGCAGGUAGUCCUCAACAUGUGAAUGUAAUAGAACCUGCCCAUUAUGGUUACAUAUUGUGACUGUCAUAAAACAAGUUGUCAUGUGACUGGUCCAAUUUUACAACUUUUUUUCAUGGUCAUUAAAUGAAUGUGGCAGUAAGUAAUAAGUGCAAACCCAUUUUUUCCCUAUGGGCACAGACUUGCGGAAAACCAGAAGGGCCAGUUUUUCAGCAAAAAUGUCAUAAAAUGUAACAUGACUAUGGGUGUCAACCGUCCCAUUUGGCCAGUGCCGGAUUUAGAUGAAAAGAGGCCCUAGGUUAUUCCACUUAUGAGGC